AUGCGUCUUGGCGUCAACCAUAUCGACAAACUUGAUUUUCUUGAAGCAUAUCUAGUCGCACGACUUGAAGCUUUCAAAUCAGAAACUAAUCAAAACAGCUUUACAGCUGCUGGUUUAGUUCCUCUUUAUCCAGAUCGAGUGUUAUCUAAGCUCAAUAUUCAACUUCGAACUCCGAAUCCCCCAUCUAGUCGAGGUAGUGAAUGGGAGCCAAAAACACCGACAAAUCACAUUCAAUUAUUGAAACAAGCAUCCUCAAUCAAAGCAUUAUUACUUCGUCAAAGAUCCCGAAGCCCGCCUAGUCCACUCAAUUCAGCGAUAAACCAGGGUUUGAAAGCUUGCCAAAUGACGAUGCAAUCAGCAGCGAUUCUUGAGAAAGAAGUUCACGAUCUACGAUCGGAAAACGAGAAAAAGAAGCAGAAAAAAACUCGAUCUCGAAAGCAGAUACCUGCUACAGAGGGCUUAUCAGUUCAGGAAGCUACUGCUUUAAUUGUGAUUGUGCAACCAGAGGAAGUGAUUUAA